AAACGCAAUGAUAUUGAUUAUGAAUUAGUUUUAGUCUCAUUUUUUUUCCCACAACGGACUACGGGCAGAAAUUAGCAAUAUUUGCUACAACCUGGCAUAAUGUAUCUCCUAGUUUUUAUACAAGGUUAAAGUUUUUUUUGCACUGCCCCUGCUGAAUUAAAUAAAUGGCAAUUACAGUGAUCUUCUUUCAAAGGAAUUUGUGAGAGCACUCAACAUGAGAGCUUGGAUCGGGCUCAGCUACAGCAAAAAAAGGCAGGGUCUGGAAAUGGGUAGAUGAUGCUCCCCUGACAAAUGGCACUGGAGUACAGAUUGUACAGACUGAUUGCAGUGAGUUUUGGGAUUCUCUGUGUUCUGCAAGUGGCUCUUAAUAUCUACCUGCGUCUCGCUGGAAGACCUUGUCCAGAGGGGUGGCUUUCUUAUGGUAGCUGCUACUAUAUUUCAGUCUCACACAGAAACUGGACUGAUAGCCGGGACCAGUGCCUAAAGAGGGGUGCAGAUCUGAUUAUUAUAAGCAAUCAAGAGGAGCAGAAAUUUGUGAGAGCGCUCUCCGUGCAAGCGUGGAUUGGUCUCAGCUACAGCAAAAAAGACUUGGUCUGGAAAUGGGUAGAUGGUGCAACACUGACCAAUGGCACUGGAUACUGGCUCAAAGGAGAGCCCAACAAUCUGAAGAUGAAGGAGAACUGUGGUGAGACGUGGGUUCGUGAACCAUCUCUUCAGACCUGGAAUGAUAACAACUGUGACUUUGAAUUACCGUGGAUAUGCGAGAGGGCACCUUAGUCCAACUGAUGCAAGAUGGAGGUGUUAUGAGUGAUUUUGAGCUACAGCACAUUUGUCUAUUGUUUCUUUUUUGAAGAUCAUUAUUCACAUUUUCACAUUCUGUAUAAUACUGUAUGCACUGUGUGUUAAACAGUGCAUACAGUAUUACUAUACUAUUCUAAGCUCUCUUUUGCUGUUGUUUAUUUCAGGUGUCUUUUAGUCAUAUUUUCUCUCAUUCCUGAAGGGCAUAAUAAAAAAAAAAAACCUCACCCUCACCAAAUGGACUGCUGAUAUCAUUCUCCUCCUGUAGUGGCGUUGUUCUUACAUUUUUAUUAAAAAAACCCAAAAACUGACAGCUCAAAUCACUGUCUAAAAAGAAAAUCACUAUUGUUGGAGAAGAGAACUCUGAUAAUACAGCUUGUUAAGGAGACAUCCGGUGAGUUUUCACAUAGAUCUCCGUUUCUCGAGGUCACUAAGUACUGUCGGUACGGAAAAAAACAAAAACAAUCAGUUUUACCUAGCUCGACUUGCUGCAGCCAGCAUUUAACUCCCAGGCAGCUAUGGUGCUACACUCUGGGGGCAUGUUCAUGAGCCCCCAUGUUCAUGCCACCAGAGUGUAGCGCUGUAGUUGCCUGGCUGCUUGAGCUGUAGGCUGCAGCAACUCGAGCUAGGGUAAAACCGAUUGUUUUCAUUUUUUGUACCGACAAUACUUGGUUGACCUUGAGAAACGGAGAUCUAUGUGAAAAAUUGCUGGAUUUCUCCUUUAAGAGCCUCUUAAGAGCAUGACUCAUACAUACAACAGUAUUGACUAUGUGUGUGCAUAUGAUAGUGUGUGCUGGGUAUGUUAAAGAAAGGGGUCAACUUAUCACAAUGAAUGAACAAGUGAAAUUUCAGGCGUGAAGCAGCACUAAGUUGUCCAUGGCUUCCCCAGAGCUCACUUUGAAAUCAACAUUUUCAAUUUCCCAUGACCGUCUCCUUCCAUCUGUCCCAGACAUCUACUCUUUGAUGAAGUGGAGGUUUACUUACAUUGUAUGAGUGCCAACUCUAUUGCUGUACUGUUAAAUUAGA